AUGGCGUCAAGGAAGAAGGUUCUCCUCAAGGUUAUCAUCCUUGGUGACAGCGGUGUGGGAAAAACAAGUUUGAUGAACCAAUAUGUCAAUAAGAAGUUCAGUGGAAGCUACAAAGCUACCAUUGGAGCCGAUUUCCUCACAAAGGAAGUUCUCGUCGACGACCGACUGGUAACAAUGCAGAUUUGGGAUACUGCAGGCCAAGAACGGUUCCAGUCGUUGGGAGUCGCCUUCUACCGUGGAGCCGACUGCUGUGUCCUGGUCUACGAUGUGAACAACUCCAAGAGUUUUGAGGCUCUCGACAGCUGGCGGGAUGAGUUUCUGAUCCAGGCAAGCCCAAGAGACCCAGAGACUUUCCCAUUCGUUGUUAUCGGUAACAAGAUCGAUGUGGAGGAAAACAAACGUAUGAUCUCCUCAAAACGGGCCAUGACUUUCUGCCACUCGAAGGGUAACAUUCCCUACUUCGAGACCAGUGCCAAGGAAGCUGUCAACGUCGAGCAGGCGUUUGAAGUUAUUGCACGGAGUGCACUUGCCCAGGAAGAGGCCGAGGAAUUUAGCGGUGAAUUCAGCGACCCAAUCAACAUCCAUCUAGACAAUGACCGUGAUGGAUGUGCCUGUUGA